AUGGCAUACAACAAGGGUGACUUGAAUAGGAGAGAAAGGGAUAUCACCGCAGGUUCAGCGAAUGGGAUUCCAGAAAAUCAACCCACUCCUCACAGACACUCCUUUAUUGUGAGGGAUUCUAGGUGGAGGUGUCACCGUCAUAGGAUAGCUCUGGUGGUAAUGUCUUUGGAGCGACAGCCAAAAGUAGGCAUCUGGAGGGAGAGAAGAGACGGGGACAAAUUGGGAAAAAGGUGA